UCUGGAGCAGUUGCUGAGGACGAAGGUGGAAGAAACUCCCAGUGUUCGGCACAGGCACCAGGUGACAGAAUCCUAGCCCUGUGUGAGUUUGAUUCUUGCUUGUUGACUGGCCCCUCUUCUCUCCUUCUGGAUGAUGUCAGAACAGGAUCUGGCGGACGUGGUGCAGAUUGCAGUAGGAGACCUGAGUCACCAUCACCCGGUUGUACUGGAGAAUCACGUAGUGACAGACGAAGAUGAACCAGCUCCGAAACGCCAACGAUUGGAGAUCAAUUGCCAGGACCCCUCUAUAAAGUCCUUCCUGUAUUCCAUUAACCAGACAACAUGCUUGCGAAUGGAUAGAAUUGAAGCCAAGCUGCAAGCUCUCGAGGCUACUUGUAAAUCAUUAGAAGAAAAGCUGUAUCUGGUCAUUAACAAGCAGCACAGUCCCAUCCAAGUCCCCAUGGUGGCGGGCUCCCCUCUCAGCGCAACACAGACGUGCAACAAAGUGCGAUGCGUCGUCCCCCAGACUACGGUGAUACUCAACAGUGAUGGGCAGAACGCCCUUGUAGCCAAGAUGGACGACCCCUUGAGCAACAGGGCACCGGAUUCCCUGGAAAAUAUCAUUAGCAGCGCGGUUCCCGGGCGCCGGCAGAACACCAUUGUGGUGAAGGUACCCGGGCAGGAAGACAGCCACAAUGAGGACGGGGAGAGCGGGUCCGAGGCCAGUGACUCCGUUUCCACCUGGGGACAGUCGGGAAGUCAGCACACCGGAAACAACGUCACCCUCAUCACCCUGAACUCAGAAGAGGACUACCCCAACGGCACCUGGCUGGGGGACGAGAACAACCCCGAGAUGCGGGUGCGCUGCGCCAUCGUCCCCUCCGACAUGCUGCGUAUCAGCACCACCUGCUACACGGCAGAGAAGAUGGCGCUGACGCUGCUGGACUACCUCUUCCCCCGGGAGGUGCAGGCCGUCUCCAACCUCUCGGGCCAGGGGAAGCAUGGCAAGAAGCAGCUCGACCCCCUCACCAUCUAUGGGAUCCGGUGUCACCUCUUUUAUAAAUUUGGAAUCACGGAAUCUGACUGGUACCGAAUCAAACAGAGCAUCGACUCCAAAUGCCGGACAGCCUGGCGGCGGAAACAGCGAGGCCAGAGCCUGGCCGUCAAGAGCUUCUCUCGGAGAACGCCCUCCUCCUCCUCUUACAGUGCAUCCGAGUGCCCGAGGAGCACGCCACCACCCGCCAGUGAGAUACCACAGCCCCAGCCGCAGGCCCUGCACUAUGCCCUGGCCAACGCCCAACAGGUCCAGAUCCACCAGAUUGGAGAGGAUGGACAGGUCCAAGUAAUCCCACAGGGUCACCUCCACAUCGCUCAGGUGCCUCAAGGGGAGCAGGUGCACAUCACGCAGGACAGCGAGGGCAAUCUACAGAUACACCAGGUGGGACAGGAUGGGCAGGUGCUUCAGGGGGCCCAUCUGAUAGCCGUGGCCUCCUCAGACCCCACUGCCACAGGCAUGGAUGGCUCACCUCUCCAGGGCAGUGACAUCCAGGUCCAGUACGUCCAGCUGGCGCCAGUGACUGACCACACUACGGCAGCUCAGACGGCCGAGACCCUGCAGCCCACACUGCAGCCCGAAAUGCAGCUUGAGCACGGAGCCAUCCAGAUCCAGUGAUGCAGGACUGACUGGCUGCCCGACCAUGACAGGACCCAAGGUGGAGCCGUCGCGGCUCUCAGCACCGGCUCCAGCCAACCACCCAG